AUGAGUGACCCCAGUAACCCCAAUAUCGAGAAAAGAUCAACGCCCCAAUGGGCUCUCUAUCAGCGGGAGAACUUCCUGAAAGCGAACGAGGGCCAGACUCCUCCGUUCGACACUGAUCCCAGGAAACUUGAAGAGCUUGCCCGAGAGAAGCUCAGCCAAGGAGGCUGGUAUUACGCCUCGUCCAAUGCAGGCAUGUCCAAUACCCAUCUAGCAAACCGACAAGCCUUUUACCGCCACCGGAUCGUACCUCGGCAGCUUGUCGACACCAACCUGCGAGACACCACGACCGAGAUCUUCGGCCACAAAGUCUCAGCACCCAUCGGCUUCGCGCCCAUCGGCAUCAACAAGAUCUACAACCCGGCCGCGGAGAUCCCCGUCGCCAAAGUCGCGCACGAGCUCAAUCUCCCCUACUGCCUGUCCACAGCGGGGAGCACCUCGAUCGAACAAGUCGGCGCCGCAAACGGGACCGGCCCCCGCUUCUUCCAACUCUACCUCCCGCACGACGACGAGCUAACCCUCUCGCUGCUCACGCGCGCCUGGACCUCGGGCUUCGACGCCCUCAUCCUCACCACGGACACCUGGCAGCUGGGCUGGCGGCACGACGACGUCGCCAACUCCAACUACGCGUUCUACCGCGGCGUCGGCGCGGACCUGGGGCUCUCGGACCCGGUGUUCCGGCGGCGCUGCGCGGAAGCCGGCAUCGACGUCGAGAAAGACCCCGUCGCCGCGUCCGUUAAGUGGAUCGACUCCAUCUGGCACGGGCGCGCCUGGUCGUGGGAGACCAUCCCCUGGCUCAUCGAGAAGUGGAAGGCCCUCUCCGGUGGCCGUCCGUUCGUCAUCAAGGGGAUCCAGUCCGUCGCGGAUGCGCGCAAAUGCGUCGAGUACGGCGUCGACGGUAUCGUGGUGAGUAACCAUGCCGGGCGCCAGGUCGACGGCGCGAUUGCCAGUCUCGAUGCGCUGGAGAGCAUCGUCGACGCCGUCGGCGACCAGAUCUACGUCAUGUUUGACUCCGGGGUCCGGGGUGCGAGUGAUGUCGUGAAAGCGCUGGCCUUGGGCGCGGAAUUCGUGUUUGUUGGCCGCCUCUGGGUUUGGGGGCUUAGUAUCAUGGGCGAGGAGGGCGUGCGCCACGUCAUGAAGUCUCUUCUGGCGGAUUUUGAUAUCCUUAUGGCCGUUGGAGGGUUCACAAGCGUCAAGGAUUUCGACCGGACCAUGUUAGGUAUGUCCUUCUCCGGUAGCAGAAUCCAUCCAGAUACGGGUUUCUAA